AUGGCGGCUUCCAGUGAGGGGCAGCUGUUUGCCGCGGGUAUUGAAAAGACUUGGGGUUCAGUCGUUCGUUCCCCUGAAGGGACACCCCAGAAAGUUCGGGAGCUGAUACAUGAAGGAAUUGUCCCGGAAGAGGGAGGCACAGAACCAAAGGACACAUCUGCCACAGUCCAGUCAGUUGAUGGAUCGCCUCAAGCAGAACAGCCUCCAUUGGAAUCCACAAGCAAAGAAGCCUUUUUUCACAGAGUGGAAACCUUUUCUUCUUUGAAAUGGGCAGGGAAGCCCCCUGAGCUGUCUCCACUUAUCUGCGCAAAAUACGGUUGGGUCACAGUUGAAUGUGACAUGCUCAAGUGCUCCAGCUGCCAGGCUUUCCUCUGCGCCAGUCUGCAGCCCACAUUUGACUUUGGCAGGUGUAAGGAUAGAUUUGGGAUGCUGCCACUGGGUGAGCCUGCUGCUCUCGUCAGUGAGUUCCUGGAUCGCUUUCAAAGCCUUUGUCAUUUGGACCUCCAGCUUCCUUUCCUGAGGCCAGAGGACUUGAAAACUAUGUGCUUGACAGAAGACAGGAUCAGUGCUCUGCUGCACCUGCUGGAAGAUGAGCUUGGUUUCCAAACUGAUGACAGCAAAACUACAAGCAAAUUAGGCUCCGACAUCCAAGUCCAGGCCACUGCGUGUGUUCUCUCCCUGUGUGGCUGGGCGUGCAGCUCCUUGGAACCUACUCAGCUCUCCCUGGUAACAUGUCACCAGUGUACGAGGAAGGUCGGUCUCUGGGGCUUUCAGCAGAUUGAAUCGUCCAUGGCAGAUCUGGAGCCUGCCUUUGGCCUGACCAGCUCCCCGAUUCCAGGUGUGGAGAGUCGGUCUGAGCACUUCCCUCUGGUGCCUGAAUCUCCUCGGCGGAUGAUGACCCGAAGCCAGGAUGCUACAGUUUCUCCAGGCUCUGAGCAGUCUGAAAAAAGUCCUGGUCCUAUUGUUUCCCGAACCCGGAGUUGGGAGUCUUCCAGCCCUGUUGACCGGCCUGAGCUAGAGGCAGCCAGUCCUACCACCAGGAGCCGCCCAGUGACCCGAAGCAUGGGGACGGGAGAUUCUGCUGGCAUGGAAGUUCCCUCGAGCCCUCUCCGGAGAGCCAAGCGAGCUCGCCUCUGCUCUUCCAGCAGUUCCGAUACCUCUCCCCGAAGCUUUUUUGAUCCCACCUCUCAGCAUAGAGAUUGGUGCCCAUGGGUGAAUAUCCCACUCAUCAAAGAAACCAAGGAGAAUGGGAAAACGGAAGCAGAUGCCUGUGCCCCAGCAGAGCCAGGCUGGAAGGCAGCAUUGACCAUCCUGUUGGCCCACAAGCGUUCUAACCAGCCAGCUGAGACAGACUCCAUGAGUCUCUCCGAAAAAUCAAGGAAAGUGUUCCGAAUAUUCCGACAGUGGGAGUCUUUACCUUCAUCCUGAAGAUGCUCCAGACAGAACUGUUGAGGGUGACUUUUUGAAAAAUAAGUCUGAGUUCUCUUUGGUCAGCUGAUGCUGCUUUUCUUCACUCUGGGUUAAUUGCAAGUGCAAAGGCCUGCCAUUUGAUGAUGGAGACUCGAACGCUCUCUGUGGGAAGUGGACAGGGGAAGGCACGGCAGGCCCAGUUCUGUCGGGGGACUGCAGGGUUAUGAACCAGCCACAAGACUUCAGGGUUAGAACACCCAUUCAGCGGCUUUGGUUGGGCACAGUGUUCUGAGCAUGUAGCUCAGGAAUGUGGCAGUAUUUCUUAAU